AAGGAACAUGGCGUCCACGAAGCCUCAUCGUAGGAGAUCUACGGGGAGCGAAUGUCGUGAUAAAACCGACGACCGUCUCAGAAAGGAGCAUUUUUUGCUUCCUAAUUCUGAUCAGAUAGAUUUGAAUCUCCUUCUUCAAGCCGUUCUCGAUAUAAACGAGAAAUUGAAUGAAAAACCAACCGAGAGAUCAAAAUUAGAGGAAAGCCGCGGAGGUCCGACUUCGAAAAAUGAUCUGGAAAGUAUUCAAAAGGACAGAGACUUCGACGACACUGCUUCAAGACAUUCCUCGGUGUCCUCAGUGUCAAGACAUUCCUCGGUGUCCUCAGCGUCUAGAUCGAGGCCAAAGAGUGCUGUACAACUCAACGAAUCCCGCCGCCCUCGGCCUCCAGAUCGUAAAAACAUGUCUUUUAGCAAUACCACAGUGGAUGCUAUUGAUCGAGAAAAUCAGAGACUUUUAAGAGAAAUUACAAGAACUAGAGGUAGACCGAAGUCUGCUCAACCAAGGAAACUCGUUUCAGAACCGUUACGGGUACAAACCUCGUCUGAGGUCAACAGAUACAGGUUCCAAAGAAAAGUUGAUAUGGAAAAUCAGAAAUUACUUGAAAGGCUUCAGACAGUCAAACCAACACGGACAUUAUCACGGGACUCAUUAUUCAAAGAUCAUAUUAAGCAGAAACAAUAUUCAAAAACAGCCUCAAGAAGCCGACCAAGCAGUGCAAAAAGCACAACAGGAAGUGUUUCCCACCUGUCACGUUCUUCCAGUGAGUCCAGUUUAAUGAUUGGUGAUUCUGUAAGUGUAGCGAGCUCAAGGAUUUCUAGUAAUUCACAUCGAUCUGCGCAGAGAAGAGCCAUGUCUAAACCUGUAUGGGAAUCUGGAUGGUGAUAUUCAAUAUUUACCUGUGCUGCAUUUAAACUGAAUCAUGUGAUCCGUUUUGAAACCCCUUUCUAAAAAGUUUUGUGGUAUCUUGAAUUUCAGAUCUAAAUAUAUGUAAGAAGGGAAAUAUAAGCUACAUGUUUAUUCAUUUUUCAGAGCUUAUGAGUGAUUAUUAUUUGAUGUUGUCAAGAAAAGCCUUGCUAAGAGCAGUUAAAAGUUAAUUUCUUUCCCUAAAGGGCCAGAAUUUGUCAUGUAACCAUAAACUCGAUGACCAGCCAUUACUUAGUGGGCAUUUUUUUUAAUUAUAUCAUCACACACAAUAAGGGAAUGGUUAAAAACUUUGAACUGUUUGAAUUAAAUUGACCUGCAUGUGUUAUCAUGUUACAUCAUGUUAAGGAACUAUUUGUACUUGGAAUCUAAAUUAUGAAUGACACAAAAAUUCACCUUACUUAGCUUGACAUAUUCUUUGUAAGUUUCUUACCCUUUCAAGUCAGCAGAAGCUGGGUAGGGAAAAAAAUUUGAAGUUGAUUAUGGCAAAGCCUGUAAGUUGACAAAUUUGUAGUUGUUUGUUAAGAAUAUACAAGGGAGUUGAUAAUAUAACAAUGUUGGAAGAAA